UUUUAUUGAUUAUUUGAUUAUUUUCAAUUUUUCAAGACCAGUUCUUGUGCAUUUCACACAAUAGCGUGGCCAACACCGGAGCAUUGAUGGUAUACCCAAAGAAAGAGCCACAAAAGCCGUGUUGAUGUUGAUACUCGUAUUUACAUAAAAAGCACCAGCAGGCGGCAUUAACGAAAACGUUGCCACCAAAUCCGACUGCCAAUGUCCACCAACCACCACCACCAUUCCGAGAAGAGAACUUUCAAAGCGGACGAUCGUGUGUAAAAAGAAAGUAGUUUUCUUUUAGUGUUAAAACCAAAGCUGCUCGGCUCAUUCUUCGCACUCUCUUUUGUCUCGUUUAUUUGUGGAGACAAGACGGCAAAACCUGACGUGUUCAAAGCGCAGGCGUAAAGAAUUCCAUUCCGCGCGAGAGAGUCUUUGUAGAAACAGGUGAGAGCGGCGGAGAGAGCUGGAGAUUUGGAUACGAAGAAAGGGGAGAGGGAGGGGCUCACAACGAACAUGUUCGAAGGCCCCCAAGAAUCGCUGGCUUAAGAAGUGUUACAAACUGGCGCAGAGCCUCAGAAGAAAGAAAGUUUUCGGCUGUGCUGGCUGCUCUACGCUGCGAUCUCCGAUCUCCGUUCUCCGUACUCCGAUCUUGGCAAUAUCUGUCUGGAUAUAUAUAGUAUAUAUAUAUAUAGUAUUCGUGUGCUCAGUGGAGCGUCUUCCGCGUUUUGUGGCUGCGUCGCUUAAUUGGCCGAAAAGUAUCUCAAGUGUGUGAUUGUGAAAGUUCCUGCAGUAAAAUGUUGUACGUGCGACGAGCUCUGCUCUUGGCCUGCUUGCUGUGCCUCCAGCCGCUGGGUCCUUCUCUCGCCAACGAGGAUGAGUCCAAUCCGCUGCUGGACAUGGCCUCGAUGUUCUUCCAGGAGGCACUCUCCAACCAGAACGGUGGCAACAAUGGUGGCGGCGGUGCUGGCUUGGCGGGUGUGGCCUCGCUAAUUGGCACCUUCAUGCAGGCCAGUGGCAAAUCUGGUGGCGGAGCAGGUGGCGGCGGUGCUGGUGGCGCCAUGCAGAUCCUCUCCGGCCUGGGCAGCCUGCUGUCCAAGAGUCAGGGUGGCCAGGGCGGUGGCUUUGAUCCCUCCAUCAUUGGCAAUGUCCUGGAGAUGUUCACCCAGGGCGAUGAUGAGGAAACCGCAUCACAGCAAAAGCGCAGUUCUGGUGGUGGCUCUGAAUCUGGCAUUGGUCUGGAUACCAUACUGCAAGUGGCAUCUGCCUUCAUGAACACCCAGGGCAACGAUAAGGGCUCACAUCAUCACCAGCAGAAACGCUCCGCCGGCGAGGAACCGGAAUCCGAGAACGGACUGAUGAACCUCCUGCCACUGGUCAUGCAGGCGGUUAGCUCCUUCGCCGGUCCCGAGGGUCAGAGCACCCAGGAGAAGCACAAGAGCCACGCCUGGGUGCUGCCCCCAUUCCUGGAGCACAUUCACGUGCUGUGGGAUCACUUCUCCAACUCUGAGCUGGCUGAUGCGCUGUACGAGAAAUCCGGAGUUAACAAAAUCAUGAAGGGCUUCAAGGGUUCCGAUGGCAAGCUGGACUACGACAAGCUGUUCGAGUCGCUGAACAACCAAUCCUUCCGUCGCCGCUGGAUCAAGUCGGCCACACUCUACCUGGCCGACUGGGCCAGCUACCUGGCCAAUCCCGAGGUGUAUCUCAGGUACUUCCAGACGGCACAGAUCAUGUUUAACGGCCUGUUGAAGUCUCAAGGUUACCCCAAGCAGACCCACUUCGAUCCCUCCCGUCCGGGCGAGACCAUCUCGAAUCUCUUGGACCAUGUGGCCAAGCAUCAUCUGAACGUUAAGAUCGAUUCGAGGCAGUACGUCAAGCCAGCCGUGGGCUACGCCAAGGAACUGCUGAAACUCGGCCAGGCACGCGGAUUACUGCAGUUCAAUGCCACCGAGAUCAGCGACAAGCUAACGGAUACGCUCAACCUGGAGGUUAUUGAACCGGUGCUGAAAGUCCAUCGCGCCUACAGAUACAUCACCAAGUCGCCGCAAUGCGAUCGCUACGUACUCUGCCAGCUGAAUUCAGCGGCUCUUGAGCAGCAGGAGAAGCAGAAGCAACAUGACCAAUACCAGCAGCACCACCAGCCCAAGCAGAGCCAACAGAGCCAACAGAAUCGCCCAACAUCGGCGUCCAGUCUAAUUGCCGGAGUCAGUCCGAAGAUCGUCAAGAUCGGGAGCAUGGGUGCGGCAAUCUUCAUUAGCACGGAAACCGGUACGCCGUUCUGGACCCUCUUCGGUGUGAUCAAUGCGCCAUACAACUGCGAGGCCAAAUACCCAGUCGACUGCAAUGGUUUCCACGAGGGCGAGGCCAAGGUGACCACGGAAUAUAUCCACAACGAGUUGUAGUAUUCCAGUUGGACAACUGGACCACAAGAUCUGGAGGAAAUGGAGGAGACGAAGGCUCAUUAAGACGAUUUAGCUGUAAUUGAGAUAAAGAUUUCGUGUGUAUAUAGUAUUACGGAUUGAAAUAUAUUUAAAUUUAAACAGAA